ACCAAGGAUCAUGCAUUCAAUGUUCUCGNGUGCGUAAUGGAAGGGAACUUCUCGACACCAAGGAUCAUGCAUUCAAUGUUCUCGACACCGGAGACGAUGAGUCUCGAGACGCACAUGCGCUUGAUAGAACCGUUUCCUCGUGCGAAAUCCGUGAGGCACUUCAAGGGCGUGACUUCGAUCCACGGAGCCACCACAGAGGACUUUGAAGAGGACCCGUGGAUAACCGUCGUCCCGUGCAUGGGGAAGCAUCUUGACGGUUGGCACGAUGUCAAUUGGGCCGCGAUGGAGAGUCGAUGCCCUUGGGCAAACCAGUACAAGUUCGCCAACAUGUUGGAGUUUGGAGACCUCAUCACGCUGCCGGACGCUGUCCUCGGACACAAGUUCCUGAGCCGUGAGGAAAUGGGUUCCGGUGGUUCAGUACAGCCCCGGCAGGGUGAGGAACGCGGUCGCUUCGAUAACAGCGAGGAGGAAGAAGAGGAGGACACGCGAGUUUUGACGCAAAGACUCGGAAAUCGCAGGACGCUGAGAAUUCCGGGGGCUGAGAGAGGGGCAACGGUCGUCGAGCAGCCGUCGACGUCGGGUGGUCGUCUCGGCUUGGGGUCGGAGGACAGGACAGUUGGCGUCGUUUCCGGCGGGGAGGGAGGGGAACAACAGUCUACACAAAAGAGAAGGGGAGGCUCUGAGGGGGAGGCGUUGGGAGCUAAAAAAAAACAGAAGACAAAGACCCCACAACAGUCAGGGGGGAAAAGGAAGGGAGCUGAGGGGCAUGUCGGCGCGUCGAAUCAAAAGCGCCCGGCCUCGGCUCAAAAGCCACUCCAGUCGGCCCUUGUCCAGCCCAGAGGUGCCAUCGACAUCGACGCGGCAUACUUCCGGGAAUGGAAAAACGGCGUGCGAACAAAGCGGGAGUUCGCCAUUAACCCGUCGCAAGUCAUCGACAUCAGCGAGUGGGAGGCGGCAUGCAACCAGUGUUCCUUGGAUCCCGUGCAAAUACAGGCCAUUAUUGACGCAAUGACGACGGCCUACUCUAAGACCGAGAAGACUUACGAGCUGCCGACACUAAAGCUCGCGCCUCUCGGGCUGGUUAAACCGACGUCCGGGGUGCGGGCGGAUCGUCUGAAGCCGGAGGACUGGAAGGACGAGCUGGCAGGGCAAUACUACUACUACGCUGUGGCGGGCCAGCAUAACGCGGCUGCGGCCAGGGCGCUGCUUGGCACCGAUGUGGCGGUGAGGUACAACUUCGGGCGCUGGCCUGCACGAAUGGUGUACUUCUCGGACGAGGACUUUGAGGGGUACUUUCUGGUCAGCGCCGAGGACAACAAGAAAGACCUGAAGGCCCCUUCGAGACAACUGAAACUCUCCAUGAGAGACAUUCGGUGGUGUCGGACGGAAUUGGGUUACCCGAAAGCUGUUAUGGGUAACCCAGCGGGAAACAGGCGCACGUGGAGGCAUGGCGAAGAUUUUGUGCGGAGGCGCUCCAUAGGACGCCGAGCGAAGUGGAUCGCGAAGAAGAAGAAGGUGCAGGGCCUCAAGCCAGGUAUGAGCCACAUCGAAAACGAGAAGGACGGACGAAAGGUGGUCAUCUACAAUGUCCCCGUCGAAGGGUCACAAAAGAAAGGCAAGAAGGAAAAAGAGCCAGGGGACUGGUUCGUCCAGGUCACCGAGCCGGAUCCGCACUGCUGGAAGAGCAUGGAGGCCCUUACCGAGAAUGAGAAAUGCUGGUUGUUGAAGAAGGUUCUCAACUGCAAGGUGGUCUGGGUGCAGAGAGGGUCCUCCGCGUUGGCGAAGCAAGGGAAGCUGGGGAUGCAAGAGGCAGUGCAACUGGUGAAGUGCAAUCGCAUAUUGGUGCGGUUGUGGAACUACUACCAGUUCAAGCAUGAGAACCGGCCAGACAGUGAGACCACUAAGUACCCCUUCCUGAAAAAACGAGAGGCGAUUUUGGCAAAGUUUGAAGGGCAGGGGCUGGAUGCAGCGUUGUGGGACGGGAGCAGGAAACUUGUCUGCGACUCCUCCUUGUUCAAGGACUGUCCGCCCUACAUGGGUUGCGAGGACGACAAGUCGAUCAAGGCGACAGAAAAGCUAGUCCAAAACAAGAAGUUGCCCAUCGACUGGAAGAACAAGGUCCUCUCCGUGUUGACCAGCAGCAGGUCGAAAAGCAUGGAAGUCGUGUUGGCUGAAGGGAUGAUGCACAUUCUGUGGAACGACUCGAAGGACGUCACAACUAUUGCCCCGUUCGGCGUCGACCCUCUGGAUGCGCACAUGAAGGUCGUGGAGUUGGAGAGGGCGGUCGGAAUCACGAAAUGCCACACGUGCGUUCUCGACUUGUGCGACCCGGUGGACAUCAAACAGUGGAUAGCUAAAGUCUUCGAGAGUUUGAAUGCCCUACUGGAGCACGUGUUCCCCUCGCACUGGACAGUAGUCACGUUCGUCCCCCAUGAGCACGACUACUACUUCAUAACCAGCCUGCACCAUCUGUCCGUCGUGAAGGCAAUGGCCAGGAAGUGGGUGAGGAGGACGCAGCAGAAGAAAAGUUUCGGUGUCGGCCACAACUUGUACUCCUUGGACGACUGCAUGUACAUCCUUUUCAAAGGCGACGACUUGCGGGAGAACACAUCUGCUGUCUACGACGCGAGGUUGGCGGCGGGUGAUGCUGCCGCGGUGGGGGCACUUCAGAAAGUGACUCCCACUGAGAUAUCCGACAUGCCGUUCGACGCUUGUGAAUGGCCCGUCGUAAUACAUGGGCGUGAUCCCGUGGUGUACAAGGGCCAUGAGCGGAACCCCACACAAUUCGCCCAUCUGCUGGAAUUCCUUUGCAAAAAGGGGGACAGCAUCAUGUUCCUCGGGAAAGCGCACGCACAAGUCGUGUGGGAGGUCUUAAAGGGUGGUCGCAACGUCAUCGCGUUGGAGGGGAAUUCGGAGUGGUUGCAAUUCACGUUGGAUUUCCUGAAAACCGCGGUCAACUCGGGAGCAUACCGCUGCGAGUUCAUUACGAAGAGUGAGAAGCCGAGACGCAUUUGGGAUCCUUCGAUGGACAUGUGGUUCAAGCUAAGCGCCCGGAAAAGGAGCAGGAUCUACGAGUUCCUCUUCUUGGAGAAGCGGCCUGCGAGGGGCACCGACAUCGAGUACAUGCGCCGCAAGGAACACAUGUUGGCGCUGCUAGACAACUAUCACGGCGCCACGUGCCUGAACGCGAAGAACUUCCUGGACCGACUGAAGUUAUUGUACUUUGUCGAAUCCGAGCCGGUCCUGAGGCUCGAGAGUUACGGUGCCUUGAUCGACGCCGACGAAGAGUCCCUCACCGGUGUUGUCUUCGACACGGGUGCACCUGAGGAGGAUAGCGACACCGAGGAAAUUGACAUCGACUACCGCCUUGCUCCGGUGCUCCCAUCCCCGGCCUCCUCGUCGGCGAGUCCCUCAACAAACCGGCCUGCACCAGCGACACCCGUGCGGAGGACCCCUAGUAAGCUGUUUGCGAGAUUGACACCUCGGCCUGCUGCGCCUCCUCCUCUGUGUCCAGGGUGUCAAGUCCCCCUGCAACAUCCUUCUCGGAAGGAUGAGAACAUCCACUUCGAAGGGCACGACCACACACGUUCCACGGAGGCAGACUGCGUUCAUGACAUGAUUUGGCACCCGGGGAUUAUCCAGCCCGCAAUUCGGAAGGGGGAGUGGGUCAUGGCCAUAGUCGACACUGACGAGGAAUGGAAGCCGUCCGAGCGCCUGGCCAAGUCCGACUAUUUGGAUAUCGCGAGGAGUGAUGUGGUGGACAAAGUGACGUCAGAGAACAGCAACCUGCAGCCCGCCGACCCGGCCAUCAUUGCCACAACUGAUCGCUUGUUUCGGGAACUUCAUGACAAGCAGUGGUUGGAACUAUCUGACGAUUUCUACGACCUCGAGACGAGCCCUUCGAAGAAAAAGGUGAACUGGAAAGUACCCCCGUCGACAGGGACCCAGGGUAGUGUGGGAGGAGGACCUCCGAGCCCCCCUGGGGCCGGAGGGGGGGGAGGCAGUGGCCACGAGGAAGGAGGUGGCGGAGGCAGUGGCCAUACGACAUCAGGGGGAAGCGCGACGACAUCAUCGCCUGCCCCUGGCGGUCAGGGCAGGAUCGCGCACAACGGCGUGGGGGAAGGGGGGGUGAACGUCACACACUCCCCAACAACAGGGAGCGGCAAGUCGGGGAAGUUCGCCCACAUCCGAACUUCGCAGACGGAGGACCCACUGCCCGUGGAGGCAGCGACGUCGACCGGCAUCCGCACUUCGACGACUCUGGAGCAGGCGGCCCUUCCCUCGUGGACUGCUUUCGGCUCCUUCUGUGAAGUGGGGCAGGGCUCAUGUGCAGGGGAUCAUGUCUCCGCCGUGAAGGGCAAGUCCGCAGGCAUCCCUACCAGGGCGGACGACGUUCAGGCGAGUGUACCGGUCCAGUGGAGCUCUACAGGAGCACAGGCGUCGGAGAUGGGCGCCGCCCUGGCUAUGCGGGAGGCGACGCCGCCGGCCCUUGGACAAGGCUGAUCUGCGGAGUCACAGAGAGAGAUUGCUGGUGCAGAGCUGUCCACCUUCCUUGCGAUGAAGUCCGCCGGUAUCCGUA